UGUUUCUUCUUAGCGGUUUGCUUUUGGAUUCGUGUGACAAUUUCGUCCUCAAGUUUGGUUUUUGAUUGCUUAUCUUUACCCCUUCAUUUGAGCGUAAGUUUUUGACGGUGUUGGUGUAUCUUGUUUGAUCUCUCGACGAAUUUCACUUCAUCUUUUUGGCAAUUGAGACUUGUUGAUAAGGAAGACCAAGGGUAAUGGGUUGGAGAUGGCUGUAGGUGGUGGGAUUCUUGUUUGGGUAGGAAAACAUUUCAAGUUCGGGCUGAAGAUAAAGGACAUCUACCGUGAAUCCUAUUCUCUGCAAAAUCGUUCUUACACUGAAUGGACAUUUGAUUCCAUCAAAUCAGCUCUUGGCAACUCACUCAACUCCCCUACUUCAAGUCGGUUUGAGUUUUUCCCUCUGCUAAGCAAUAGUCAGGAACAGAACAGCUUCACAAAACCAUCUCGGGUUAGCAAGUCUGGGCUUGACAGCAUUCAAGCAGUCCCAAGUUCAUCUUCCAGAGAUCCGAGGACAAUCAGAUUAACUUAUGCGGUUUCCAGUCAGAGCAUGAAGCACACUUUACAAGAGCUUGGGAUUGUUCUCAUGGCACCUGAUACUGUCAAGCCAACAACUAGUACUGAUCCUGAGUUGAAUGAAAACAAACAGCCCCAGCUUACAAAGCAGCGGUCAAGGACAUGGACCCACAAAACCCAAUUGGAGUCUCCUACUAUCCCCCAGCCUCGGUAUACCUCUGGUGGACACAUGAAUAUCAGUCAUGAAGCCCGUCCGGGGAAACGAGUUAGGGAAGUGAGGAAACAAUCGGGUACUGAUGUGAAACAGCCUGAUGUGAAACAGCUUCUAAUCGAAUGUGCUAAAGCUUUAUCCGAGAAUAAGAUUGAGGAAUUUGAAUUAUUAGUUGGAAAAGCCCACAGAGCUGUUUCAAUCAGUGGAGAGCCUCUUCAGCGUCUUGGUGCUUAUAUGCUAGAAGGCCUGGUGGCAAGACACGAAUCUUCUGGCACCAACAUCUAUCAUGGCCUGAGGUCCCGCAAGCCAGAGAGCAAGGAGCUUCUUUCUUACAUGGGGAUCUUGUAUGACAUUUGCCCCUACUUCAAGUUUGGAUAUAUGGCAGCAAAUGGAGCAAUUGCUGAUGCACUAAAGAACGAGGACAGGAUCCACAUUAUAGACUUUCAGAUUGCUCAAGGGACUCAAUGGGUCACUCUAAUACAGGCAUUAGCAGCAAGACCUGGCGGUCCACCACAUGUCCGUAUCACGGGGAUCAAUGAUCCAGUGGCAGAGUACACCCAAGGAGAUGGCUUGCAGCUGGUCGAGAAGAUGUUGUUGGGAUUGUCCAAGAAGUUCUCUAUUCCGCUUGAGUUCAAAGGUCUCUCCGUCUGUGGGCCUGAGGUCACAAGAGAAAUGUUGGACAUAAGAACCGGGGAGGCACUUGCGGUGAACUUCACUCUUCAGCUCCACCACACACCCGAUGAGAGUGUCGACGUGAACAACCCUCGCGAUGGAUUGCUGAGGAUGGUUAAGGGAUUGUCGCCGAAAGUGACAACUUUGGUGGAGCAGGAGUCCAACACCAACACAACACCGUUCCUGACACGUUUCAUUGAGACACUAGAUUACUACUCUGCAAUGUUCGAAUCAAUCGAUGCAACGCUGAAGAGGGAUAGCAAGGAGAGGAUCGAUGUGGAGCAGCACUGUCUGGCAAAGGACAUAGUUAACAUCAUCGCAUGUGAAGAGAAGGAUAGGGUGGAGAGGCAUGAGCUGCUCGGUAAGUGGAGAUCGAGGCUCAGCAUGGCAGGCUUUAAGCCUUACCCGCUUAGCUCGUAUGUGAACUCCGUGAUAAAGACUCUGCUGAGCUAUUACUCCAAUAAGUAUACGGCAGUGGAGAAAGAUGGCGCGUUGCUUCUGGGUUGGAAGACCAGAAACCUAAUCUCAGCUUCCGCAUGGCACUGAUCAUUGUGCAUCAGAGAACCGUAUAAGACAGAUUAGAUGAGAUUGUCAAGUACUGAACCACCGGCUAAUGUGGAUACGAAUAAUGUUACGUAUUUAUACGAUGUAUAAUUCAGUUAAUUCCUUGUGCGAUAUCUUUGGAUGCUGCAUCUUUUUGUAGCUUGAGAAUGUCUAUGAAAUGUUCGUUGUUUCUGUGCA